AUGUCUAUGUUGACGGCAGUGCAAUUGAGGCACAUAGUGAUGAAGAUCUUGCCUGCGCCCGAGAUGGUGGCACAAGGGAAGGCAUUCCGCAUCUCAAAUCACUUGGAGAUGAUUCGGGACAGUCUUUGGGCCAUCAAUUCCUUCCUCAUGGAUAGCACUUGUUGGGUGGGAGAGUUUGAGCCGCCCGAUGUGACAGAGUGGAUGAAGGAUGUGGGUGUGGCUGUUGAGGAUGUGGACAACCUAUUGAAGAGGAUCCUGGACUACUGGGAUCCGAAUGAAGAAAAUGAAGCAAAAAAGAAGAUGAAGAUGAACAACUUCUUACAUCCCUUGGUCAACAACAACAUCCGAUCGACGAGCAACCGUCGGUCCAUCCUACUAGAGUUUAAACAGACCGUCUGCUUGUUGAAUUACCUAGUCAAGGGGGGGAUUGCUUUGGGCCUCAGGAUGGAGAUGAUGGAUUCCAUGGAUCCAAACCAUGAUGACUACGCUGCUAUUCUAAAUGAGGAGGUAAUAGGAAGAGAUGAAGACGAAGACCAAAUCAUAGAUCUCCUUCAACAGCAACAAUGUGACAAAGAUGGAAAUGUACCCUUUAUCGUUGCCAUAAGAGGUAGUGAAAGCUCUGGGAAGACAACCCUGGCUCGCAAAAUCUACCAUCACACUUGGGUGCGCCAACAUUUCCAACAUCGAAUAUGGUUGGAUGCUUCAUCUUUUGAAGAUUUCAACAGCAGCAUGAUCGCCAAAGAAAUUGCUAGAUUAUUGACCCGGAAGCCAUGUAUGAACGUCGAUUGUUGGCCACUUAUCAAUGAACAUCUUUAUGGAGAAAGAUACUUGCUCGUCUUGGAUGACGUUUAUGUAAGUGAUGAUUUGGAAUACAAAUGGGAGGAACUCAAGAUGAAUCUCCUUCAUUGUGGUGCACCUGGGAGCAAAGUCAUCGUCACUGAGUAUCCUUAUCUCGUAUAUGAAAGAGGCUUCAACGUAAAGGAAUACGAAUUAAACCAGCUGCCUGAGGAUGCAUGGGUAAGAUUAUUGUUAAGGUAUGCAACAUUUGUCCAUCCAAUAGAAGAUAAUAACAGCAUUCACAAAGAGAAGUAUCCUCCAAUCGAAUGUAGACAACAUUCUUUUUUAAGAAAUUGUCUAGGAGCAAAGUAUAUCGGCCUCAUGUUUAGGUGGAGAGACACUAAUCAAUGGCAAGAACUAGCUGAUCAGUUUGAUGCUUCACCAUACAAUUCUAUUGUGUGGAUGCACUCAAAAUAUUGGUCAAUUGAGGUGACACAAACAUUUCUUUACGAGUUAUUGUUUGAAGGAUCUUCAGAUGAAAGUUACCGUGAAGAAGAUGUGCUCCAUAUGUUGGUUGCUGAAGGCACUCUAACAAAUACAAGGCGUAAGAGGAAUCUUGAAUACAUGACACCAUAUACAAGGCCUCCGGCGGAUCUUGAAUACAAGUCAGAUUUCAAUUUAGAUUUAUGCUUUUUCAGAAUGAAGGUUGGUGAAGUAUCAAGUAUACCACCGCAAUGCCGCCAUCUGAGUUUGCUUAUGGAUUCUAAAAAUAUUUUAAGAUCUAAGACAGCUAUUGAAAAGGCUGGGGUAGCCAACAAGCUGAGAAGUUUGGCUUUGCAUAGGGAGGAGAAAAAAGAGCCUAUUUGUCAGAUAGAGACAAAGAUACUCGAAGGUAUGUUUUUAAAUCUCACUUGUUUAGGUAUGUUACAUAUGAGAGCCAUCAUGAUUGAAGACCUCCCUAGUUCAGUUGCCACAUUGCAUUGCUUGAGAUACCUCAACAUUGCGGAGAACAAGAUAGAAACACUACCGGAAUCCCUCUGCAACCUCAGUAAUUUGUGUGUUCUAAUUUUAUCGCUUUGCAAAAGGCUCAAGGAGCUCCCAAGGCGAAUCCACAAGCUUAGAAAAUUGCAAAUUUUGAAACUGUCAUGCUGCUUGAGGAUUCAGAAGUUGCCGGAGUCAAUCACUCGCCUCGUGAAUUUGAAAAUUUUAGAUGUUGGAGGUUGUUGUUGGCUUUCGAAAUUGUUUGAUGAUUUGAGCAACAUGAAGAACUUGGUGCAGCUUAAGAUAAAUGGAUGUGCAUCAUUGACUAGAAUGCCUGGUGGAAUCAAGCAAUUGACAAACUUGGAAGUGUUGUGGGGAUAUGAUGCUGUAGAUGGUCUUGGAAAUGUCAUGCUGCCAGAGUUGCAAGCUCUUACAAAUCUUGAAUCUUUGCAUAUACAACACCUUGAAAGAUUAAUAUCAGUAGAAACAGAAGCAGAAGAAAAGGAUAUUACUCCACCCACUAGUUUACUAAAGAAUCAACUUCUAAAUGAGUUGAUACUGCAUUGGGAAUGGUGGAAUGACAUGACUACUGAAGGAACUUCCAAGUCCACAGAGCAACUGAUCGAAGGCUUAAAACGUAACCUACGAGAGUUGAAGGUCUUCCGGAUCAUUUCAUACAUGAGCAACAAACUCCCAAGUUGGCUGAUGAGGGAGGGAUCAGUUCUUGUUCUGAAUAAAUUAACUACAGUUCAUCUUGUUAAUCUCAGGAGAUGUAAGAGACUACCACCACUUGGAUUACUACCUCACCUGCUGAUGGUUGCAAUAAGUGGUUUUGAUUCAGUUAUAGUAAUAGAUGAUGACUUCUACGGGGAGGGUAGCCCAUCUCCAUUUGAUAACUUAUUGAGACUCACAUUCUCUGAAAUGCCUAGGCUAGAGAAGUGGGACCCACCUUCAUAUUUUCAAAAUAACCCAAAAAAGUCCUGUGAAAGUUAUUUUAACAAGCUUGAAGAAUUGACCCUAAUUCAGUGCCCAAAGCUCAGGGAAUUACAUGUGCCUAUUUUCGUUUCUGAUUAUUCUCAAUUGCUAUUGAAACUGUGGUUGAGCAAUGAGAUGCUAAUGCCUACUUCUAAAUUCAAUGAUUGGGGGAGCCUUCAGGGAAUCCGUAAGUUGCAAAUAUUUGGAUGCCAAGAAUUGAGGAGUCUACCAGAUGAUAUAAGGGAGAUCCACUACCUACGGGCGUUAGCAAUAAUAAAUUGCAAUAAAUUGGAGGCUUUGCCAAUUUGGCUCGAACAAAAAUUAAGUUUGGAGUCCUUGUGGAUAUCUGGUUGCCCUGCGUUGUCAUCCAUUCCGGAGGGAUUGAAAGUCGAGGGGCGACUGAGAAAUCUGAUUGUUGAAGCUUGCCCCAAACUGAGCCAGGUAUUAUUCUAG